AUGAAAACCACUGCGGCAGUGCCUCAGAUAACUGAUACAGCUGCCCGGGCGAACCAGGCAUCGAGGCUAUCAGAUUGCGUACCCAAACAGGCCGACCUGGGCAUCGUGGACACACACGGAGACUAUGAGAACCCCAGAUGCAAUGCCAUUCAUGCUGACCACCAUCCUGGCCCCUACAAUGUUACGUGCAUCAUGGAACAGCAGGCCCCUGCAGAAAACAUCGGCGACUCGGACCAGUUGCUUCCACAUCGUUCGUCGGCCGACCCGGUCCAGGACAGGAUUGACAAGAUGUACCACCAUGCCGAAGAUCUGAAGCGUUCUCAGCACAUCAUGGAGCACCUUGCCGCAGGCUUCAUUCCGAUGAAAGGAGCUACCCAUGUGCCUCGCGAUAAUGUCUCGAAGGCAACUAUGGCAUCGACACGUUCCAUGGAAAACAUGCUGUCACAGGUCAGCAGCACCGGCCUCAAUCGAGAAAAACUAGUGAGCCUGGACAUGGCGAUGACCGAGGACAGAAAGUACACCAGGGCUUAG